CAACCUUCAUCUAUUUUGUGAAAGCAGGUGAAGUGUCAUAUACACCCACUAUAUGAGCAUUGUCAUUUGUGCCAAAGUUCAUUUUAAUGCUCUUUUAGCAUAAUCAAUAAUGCGUCCCAUAUUAAUCGCGACGAUUUUACUGUCAAUUGCAGCGGCUUAUUAUAUUUAUAUACCUCUUCCUAGUACUUUAACAGAGCCAUGGAAACUCAUGUACACAGAUGCAAUGAUACGAUCGUCUAUGCAGUUGAGUUUUUUGGCACACGACUUCGGGCUGACUUCCCCUUUCGGCUUUUUAAAAUAUUUCUCGUCUCUCAUGGACGUAAAAAGUAACCUGUCCAGUUCAAGCGUCCGGAUCACAGAAGCUUCUUUUGGGGGAGUGGAAGCGCUGGUGUUUGAGUCCACUGCAGGACAGGAGAAGACUCUGAAAAGAGGCGUGGUUUAUUUACAUGGAGGAGGAUGGACAGUCGGAAGUGCAAAAAUGGAGGCGUAUUAUCUUCAGUGCAUGGAGAUGGCUAAACAGCUAGACGCAGUCGUGCUGUCUGUUGAGUACAGACUGGCCCCGGAUGGACGUUUCCCAGAUCAGUAUAAUGAUGUUUUUCAGGCCUCAAAACACAUCCUGACAACCGAGGUGUUGAGUCGCUACUCUAUAGACCCUAAACGAGUGGCAGUGUCAGGUGACAGCGCUGGUGGAAACCUUGCCGCUGCUGUGGCGCAACAGAUAUCUGUGGACAGUAGCGUCCCUAUUAAAUUCAAACUUCAGGCCCUGAUUUACCCUGUGCUUCAGGGUCUAGACUUCAACACACCGUCAUACCAGCAGAAUGCCUUCACACCCAUCCUAUAUAGACCCCUCGUGGCCCGUUUUUGGCUGGAGUACCUAAAUGGUAAACAGAUUCUUCUUUCCGCUAUGCUAGCAAACAUCCAAUCAGCUCAGGAUCAAGGCCCGAAGAUAGAAGCUGCCAGGGCUAAGAUUGACUGGACGCGGCUUCUUCCGGUGGCCUUUCAGAAGAGCUAUAAACCCGUGUUUCCUCUUUACGGAGACCCGAAGCUGCUGGAGAAGCUGCCAGGCCUGCUGGAUGUGAGAGCGGCUCCUUUGCUGGCCGAAAGUGAAGUGCUAAAAGCCGUUCCUCCUGCUUAUAUCAUGACCUGCGAACACGAUGUGCUGAGAGACGAUGGGCUGAUGUAUGCCACACGACUGCAGCAGGCCGGAGUUCACGUCACCCUCGACCACUAUGAAGAUGGCUUUCAUGGCUGCCUCAGUUUUGCUUUCGGACCCUUAAGUUUUGAGGUCGGAAGGCGAAGCUUUGGGAACUACAUUCAGUGGCUGAAGGACAACCUCUGAAUGUGAUUCAGAGUAAAUGUCUUUGUGAAUUCAGUUGAUGUAAAAAUUAUUAGCCCAUAUUUUUCAGAUAUUUCCAAAAUGAUGUUAAACAGAGCAAGGAAUAUUUCACAGUAUUUUCCGAUAAUAUUUUUUCUUCUGGAGAAAGUGUUUUUUGUUUUAUUUUGGCUAGAAUGAAACCAUUUUAAGGUCCAUAUUAUUAGCCUCCUUAAGCAAUAUUUUUUUGAUUGUCUACAGAACAAACCAUCAUUAUUGGCUUGCAUAAUUACUCUAACUAGCCUAAUUAACCUAGUUAAGCCUUUAAAUGUCACUUUAAGCUAAAUAUUAGUAUCUUGAAAAAUGCGUAGUAAAAUAUUAUGUACUGUCAUCAUGGCAAAGUCAGAUAUCAAAAAUCAGAUAUUAAAAAGGACUUAGUAAAACUAUUAUGUUUAGAAUUGUUGAUAAAAAAAAAAUCUUUACUGUACACAGAAAUGGGGGGGGGGAAUACAGGGGGGCUAAUAAUUCUGAUUUCAACUGUAUUUGUAAAAUAUAUUUUGAUUUUAAUUUAGAUUUAUAGGUGAAAAAAAUGAAAUGCUGGUGUAUUGAUGAAUGACGUGUUUUGUACAUAUUUUAAACAAUCUGUGCAAAGCUAAUGAUUUUACAAACAUGUACAAAAUUUUGUACAUCUUGAAUAUAUUUUGAUAUAUAAUAGAUUUACGAACAUAUAAAUUACAUUCUAUUUUUGUUUGGCAGCUAUCAUUAAUGUAAAUGUAAAGACUAAUGUUAAAUACUAAAUUAAGACUGUUAAAUUAAAGUAAAAAUCGAAAUUCUCAAAUCAAACACAGUUGAAACUAGUUCAUUUGCAUAUUAAAAAAGUGGGUUAUUAUUAAUUUUGACAUACAAAACAUGAUACUGAGUAAAGUAAAAACUUUUACAGCUUUACUAUUUACCUCUACAGUUUUUUUUUGGUGAAUGACAAUAUUAUAACAAGAAUAACAAAGAAUAACAGAAAAACAAAUGUGAUUAUUCUACAAAAACUCUUCUACUGUCCAUUGAAAACACUGGAAUUGUGUUGUCUGAAAACAAAUAUAAACCCCUGAAAACCUU